UUGCAUCUUUAUAUUCUUGUCAGUUGUUCCCAUGAGGAACCCCUCCACUGAGAGAAGCUGAUCAUAUUCCAUUUGGGAUGAUCAGGAAGAGGACCCUCUGCACCCAUUCUUCCUUCCCAAUCCUCCUGCAGAUUCCAAUCCUCCCUCCAGAUACAGUGUGAACUUGGACGCACAUGUAUAUAUAGAGACAGAGAGAAAGAUAUACUGUUGUGAACUUGAAGGAAGUUUUCCAUGGCCUGUGGUGAUGUGAAUAAUUAUUUUUCCAAUUGCAAGUAGCUGCUGCUGCUCUGACCAUACGGUAAAUUUACACUCGGGAGAAAUAUAUAGAUGAACACCAAGAAGAUUAAGCUGCACGACCACCACUGCAACGGGAUGAUGCCGCUGCGCGACCCGUCGCCGGCGCCGCAGGCUCCCGUUUCCUUCACCGGGCUGUCGUCGCCGUUCUACCAGGGGUUCGCGAGUUAUGCGGCUCAUCAGCACCACCAGCAGCAGGGCGGUGCCGGCUGGACGCGGGAAGAGUACCCUGGGCCGGCGGCCGCAACGAGGCCGGCGUUCGCGCAGAGCUGCGUCGGCUCCAGCACGGCGGCGUUCUACGCUGCCGAGAACCUGCUCGGCAUGGCGCAGUUCGACUGCACACCGGUCGGGAUGUUCCCGCCGCCGACGACGCCGUUCCGGUCCUCGGCGGACAGCGACCUGUACCGUCCGCUCGACCCGCCGUUGAUGCUCCGUGCGGCGGAUCAGUCGUCCUCCGUGAGGACGUACUACGUUCGGCCGCAGCGGCGGGACGCCGCCGAGCUCCCAUUGCCCGUGGCGCCACCGCAGCACCAGCAAGAGCGAGCGCACAAUCAUCACGGUCCGUUCGCGGCGACCGCCACCCGGGAGGCGCCAAGCAGCAUCCUGCAGAGCCAGAUGGAUCACCAGCUGUCCGCAAGGAGCGUCAGCGGCAGCGUGGCGCGGCCAGCCACGCCGCCGCCGAGCAAGACGCGGAUCCGGUGGACGCAGGACCUGCACGAGCGGUUCGUGGAGUGCGUGAACCAGCUUGGCGGCGCAGACAGGGCGACGCCCAAGGGGAUCCUGAAGCUGAUGAACUCGGACGGCCUGACAAUUUACCACAUCAAGAGCCAUCUUCAGAAAUACCGUACUGCCAAGUGCAUGCCACCACCAUCUUCACCAUCUGAAGGGAAACAACACGAGAAGAGGGGUGACGCGACGCAGAAUCCAGAACUGAAAACUGGGAUGCCCAUCACGGAAGCACUCCGCGUACAGCUCGACGUGCAGCGCCGCCUCCACGAGCAGCUCGAGAUACAGCGGAAGCUGCAGGUGAGGAUCGAGGAGCAGGGAAAAAGGCUGCAGCAGAUGUUCGAGGACCAGCUCAAGGCCAGCAGGAACGUGGCCAGCUGCUCGCCUUCGACGGACAUGGACGGCUCUGGUGACGCCGUCCUCUUCCCGUCUCUCGCCGCCGAGCAGGACGACCCCGUGUUCGUCGACAUCGUCAUCGACGACGAUGAGGACGAAGUACAGCUGCUGUCCGUCGCAAAGGGCAGCACCUACGACGGCGACGAGUUCUAGCCUAGUGGAUCGCGACACCUCCUCUUCCAGCCCUGUAGUCCAGCUUUAGUUUUGACAAAUGUUUGCUUUAGUUCCGAUGUGUGGCAAUCGUGGGUAGAGAGCUGUCCGGCCUAUCUUUGUGGACCCCAAUAUAGCGCGACGUUUUUUUUAGCGCGGACAAAUGGCAACUUGCCACGUGGUCUGAAAAAAACCCAGAAAAACCAACGCAACCUCGACCUUUCACUCA